UGCACCUCGGCUUGCCAACGUGCACCUGAAUCGACCCCAUAUUGCUCUUCUUGGUGAUACUCCCGGCAAUGGAGUCAACUUCAAUCAGUCCUCACUCGUGAUCUCAGGGACCUCAGCGCAAGGUCAGCCGUCUGACAAUUCUCUUUUGUCCUCGUCCGGCUUUCCUGCUCAGAGAGACUUGACCCACCAAUCCAAGUCAGGGUCGCACCUAUCAAUCACCACUCACUCAUGUAGCUGCAUCUGGAUCAGCGAGUGAAGAGGGACGAUUGCCGAGAGACAUGGCUGUCCAGCAUACAUAAGGAGCCGAUAUCGCAUCACAAUAUUCAGCAUCUCCCAACGACACCUCCCACCAGCUAUCAAUUCAAGAUGAUCCCCAGAACCUACAUCGCUAGAAGUACCCCUAAGCUCAGGCCACAGCGCUUAUCCUUGUCCCUUUCAAGGCUCAAUUCGCGUCACGAGCACUGCAGGACUUUGUUCCUCGACCAGGUUGACGAUGCGAUUAUCGACCGCCUUCACCCUGGCCAGCCCAAGUCGACCCCGGCAACCUCGAAACCUGUCCCUGCUUCUGACGUCAAGCCGGCACAGGUAUCGACCCCGACCCGACUCGUACCCCUCCCCACCACUAAGGACGUGCCUUCCUCAACCACUAAGGACAUCAAGCCAUCCGAUAAACCGAGAUCCAUCACCCCACCCGGUCAUGAGGAGAUGAACCGUACCCGCAUAUCGCGUCUCGGCAUUGCAAUUUAUGGUCCCCUCACCAACAGGCCAUUGGAUCAUACAUCUUUUUCAACCGAUGCGAAGCCGAUUGAAUCAACAUUGCGAGAUGUCUCUCGAUGCGUCGGUCCCCGGCGCCCUGCCUAUGUCCACAAGAGAGCUCAUCAGAAGAGUCUUUGGCGAGCUGCUCUGAGGCGCGCAUGGCCGGUUGACCAACGCCAAUGCGACUUUUUCUUAGCGGACACUUACGACACUUACGAUGCAUUGGUCGACAUGGGAUUCUCCGACAUACGAAUCGUCGUAGAGGAGGUGAUGGGCGCCCAAUAUUGCUACAUCGUUUAUGUCCGAGCCAUGACCCACAGGUUCAACCACCGCAACCCCCCGAUUAUCAGCGCGCAUGCCGUGCAGUUUUUGCCAGACGGCGGCUACGAGAGAAUCGGCUGCUUCAAACCUGACGAUGCCAAAAAGGGCAGAUCUGGCCCUCAAGCUCAAAGGCUGCGUGAACUCUGCGUCACUGAGCACCCAGCUCGCCUUUCCACAAACAAUUUGUUUCAUCAAGCUCAGCAGCUCAUCUGCCGGGAGGCUCUCGUCAAGAGCAUCUCCGAGGUUGUCCCCACUUGCCGAUCCAAGACUGGCGAGUAUGAGCAAAUCAAGUCUAAAGGGUGGAAACACAGGGAUCUGAAGAAGCAACCGGAGUAUACUCGCGACCGAAUGGGGCGACUCAGGGGAGUCCGGGCUGGUUGGACGUACAUCGCAAGCAGUUAUUAGCUUGAUCCGUAAGAAUCAGCGAAUGAGCUGUCAACGAAGCCCUCUAUUGGUUCUCAAUUUCUUUUUCGGAUACUCACUCCCCUUUCAAUGUUUUCAACUGUGUACUGUUAUCGCGUCCUCCAGAGGGACUUGAUUUCUCUAUGAUUUACAAGUAGAUGUCAUUGUGCAUAUGUAUCGUCUCU